UUGGAAGUGUGUAAUUCUGGGGGAGCAGUUGCGAAGUAAGGAGGUCCGACAGCAUCCGGGCUGCAAAUUUCUUGCGUUUGCUGAAAGAGCAAGAAAUUUCUCUUCAGAUUCAGAAUGGGAGCCUUGCGAGAGAUAUUUGUUUUGCUUUGCACGACUGGUAUUCUGCGAGCCGAUGGGCGAAAAACAUACAGGGACAUGUUCUCACAUUCUCAUGCGUUUAAAUCUCCCGCAAUACCCGGAUGGAGUGCAGACAGCAAUCCCUGGGACGAGACCCUGUAUCCGCCUUUCAAAUCGGGCGAAUUCGGACGUAGGACAGGCAAACCCAUAGUCGCGCAUCUGACAAGCGACAGCCCCGCGAUGAAUGGAUCGUGUAUCACCUUCACCACUACUCUGCAGUUUCCGAAGUGUCAGAAGGAGGACGCCAGAGGCGACCUCGUUUUCGAUGAGCAUUGCAAGGACGACGACGGGCAGGUGCGUUCUGGCUAUGUGUACAGCUGGACCUCCUGGAUGGAGGACUAUGGCUUCGCCAAGUGCCCAGACCCUUCCAAGUGCAACGUGUUCCCCGACGGGGCUCCCUUUCCGCAGAGGAAUGACUGGAGACACAGGAACUACAUCUACGUGUGGCACACGAUGGGUCAGUACUACCAAACGUGUGGGGGCUCCUUCUCCAGCCUCACGCUGAACACCACGAACAUCACGCUGGGCGCGGAUAUAAUGGAGGUCGUGGUGUAUCAGAGCCACUCCCGCAGGAAGUACAGCCCUGUGGCCAGUGACAGUGGGAUCUAUUUUGUCACCGAUAAAAUCCCAUUGGCUGUGAAUAUCUCUCAGAAAAAGCCAGCUAACCUGUCAGAGAACGUCUUCAUCAAGGACUCGGACAUCAUCUUCAACGUGCUGAUCCACGACCCGAGCAAGUAUCUGAGAGCUGCCGCCUCUGUGGACUUCAUGUGGGACUUCAGCGAUGGCAACCGUCUGGUCACGCAGAACAACGUGGCCGUACACGCCUACAGCAUGGUGGGCAACGCUACCGUGAAGCUCACCGUACAGGCCGCCUUCCCCGUGCCCUGCCCCCCGCCCACACCGACACCGACCCCCACCCUGACGCCCAUGACCACCAGCUUUACAUCUUCACCCACCACAGAGUCUCAUACUUCCACAAGUACAGGAGAAACGUCAUCAAGCACCACUACCACAGGUCAGACAAGUACUCAUCCCACCAUGACAACAGAAUCCUCAACUGAGCCACAGACUACCACAGCUCCUGAGGUGACCACAGGCUCCAACAAGACUUCCACCUCCCCCAAGACCACCGUGGCGCCUCGGCUUCAAAGCCAUCGCUUGGGUGCAUCGUGUUACCGCAAUAUGUAUGGCAAUUUCGAGACCGAGAUCUUCAUCGUGGAAAUGAAUUCUACAGAAAAGAACAGGCAAGCUGUUACAAUCGUAGAUGUGUCUGCAGCCAAGGUGACCAAUGCCACGGUGAACUUCCUCAUUAAGUGUUUGGGCAGCAUCCCUACCUCAGCCUGCACAAUCAUCUCAGACCCCGCCUGCAAGCAGGUGAAGGACAUCAUUUGCGACCCGGUUCCACCCUCAGAAAGGUGUCUGGUGACUCUGAACCGCACCUUCCAGCAGCCAGGAACCUACUGCGUGAACAUCAGCUUACCGGGCUCCCACAGCCGCACCCUGGCCAGCACUCACGUCACCAUCGCAAGCGGAGGGUUGGUAUCCAAACCAAUGCAGGCGGCAGCAGUUGUCCUGAUCACUAGUGCUGUGUUGGCAGCAAUCUUCGGCUUCAUAGCAUCCAUGGCAUACAGACGUUACAGGGUUUACAGGCCAGUGAGGCGGGAGGCGGCAGCAGAACAGCAGAGCCGGCAGCUGAGGGCACGUCUCGGCCAGCUGAAGGUGGCGCUCUUCCGGGCAAACGAGGAGAAGAGCCACCUGCUGAGUGACCCGCGCUCCAUCUAGGAGGUUCGAAGCAGGAGAGCCAGGCCUUUCAACCACACCGGUGGUUCAGUAUCACGGAUGGGCAUGAGUUGAGGCCAAGAGAGUUUCAGAGUAGCCACAACAUAUUGUGUACCAGUUCCUUAACCGGGGGA